CUGCAAAAUUAGGGUUCUUGUGCUUCCGUUGUGAACUCUUAAUCCAUCGAAUUCCAGCUGUUGGGUACAUCAAUGGUGGUUUGGAGAAAUAGGAAUUAAGUAGAAUGAAACAGAAAUGUAAGUCAUUGGCUACCGGAAGUUGUGAGGGUGAAAGACCCUGUACUGUGACUAUGAUUGAUAGAUUUAGCAAUCUUCCCGAGGGAGUUAUUCAUCACAUUCUUUCUGAUUUUGUGGUUAAAGACCUUGCUAGAUUCUGCUGUGUCUCCAAACGAUGGAGAGAGUUAUGUCUGUCGUCUCCGUCGGUGAACUUCUGUGGAUUUAAUUCAGAUGAAAUGGUGGAUAUGGCGUGUGAGCUUAGGUUGAAGUUGGUGAAUACAUUGGAUAGGUUCUUGCUUAGUCGUGGGGAUAAUGAGAUGAAGAACUUUUAUCUUUUAUGGUAUGGUCACAUGGAUGAAGAUCUUGACGAACCUUGCUUCUGUGUUAAUGAGAAUUUCUGAAUCAUCACCUGGAAAGUUGAAAAGGUUCAUCUUGUAGUCGAGUAUUUUGAUUAUGAUGGAGAACGAAUAGCAUUUCCAUCUUGCGUCUUUUGUUCAACAUCGCUGACGUCUUUAGUGGUUGAAAUGCCGCAUACUGUUGUUAAAACACCCUCAUUCACUUUAUCCUCCAAUCUCAAAAAGUUGUUUUUGAGUGACGUUACUAUACACGACGAGGGCUUUUUCAAGUGGAUUUCCUGUUCCUGCAAAUCCUUGAAGCAGAUAUCUCUUAUAGAAGUUGCUGAGAUACAUAAUAUCACUAUCGAAAGAUCAUCUUUGGAAAAAUUUUGGUUCCUUAAUUACAAGGUUGAUGAAACCUGUCGUAUUAACAUCUCUGGUGAGAACAUUGAAGUAAUAAAUGUCGACUGCAAGCAUUCACCUAGCUGCACCGUAUUAAAAAUUGUUGCUCCAAAUGUCAAACUUCUAAAUUUGGAGGGGAAUGUGAAAAAUGACCAGAAUCUGGGAGAACUUAAAUGUUUGGAAGAAGCUGUUAUUCUUAUGGAGCCUAUAAUAGAUGAGUUUGACAAAGUAUAUGAUGUUCUUUCCAGUAUGUACAGUGUUGAACCUCUUACUCUAAAUGAAGCUACCAUCAAGGCUGCAUACAAGGAGGAAUGCAUGCUGGCUCAGUUAGAUCAUGUUUGGUACUUGCAAAUAAAUAUUGGUAGCUUUACUGAUGAUCUAGUCCCAGCAGUCAUCUGUCUUUUAAAAGGAAUACCAGAGUUGUGUUCUUUACACAUUUGGUAUAAACCUACCGAACUCGACCCUAAAUCUAAUACAUCUGGGUUUGAUAUGGAGUAUUGGAAGAUGCAAAACCUGGGGUUUGUUUCUCAGGUUGAGUAUGUUACUAUAGAGCUUAGUGCUGAGUUUAAUGGAAUUGAGUUAGCAAGGUAUAUUCUUGAGCAUGCUGAGAGCCUGGAGAAAAUGGUCAUUAGGUAUUUAGCCGAGCAAUCUAAUGAUAUAGGGAAGUUAAAAGAAUACUCCGUGUGUAACGUUGAAUGAUCCGGUUUGAUAUUAGUGUAAAGUAUCUGCCUUAUUUUAUGGAUCAUACUGGUCGUGAGUCGUGACAGAGUAAACACAUAUCUUGCCCACUCGGUCAUGGUCUUCAUGGUGGCUGGGCACAGGCAUUUGCAUUUUUGAACAUGAGUACUGAUCCUGUCCUAUCAUUAAUCUUUUGCAAAGUUUCCGGAUUUCUGGAUUUUCCCGAGGCAUAUUCACGUGCCCUUGAAUGUCCUAUAUUUCCCCGAGUUAGUGAUGGACAUCAACCUCGCAUGUGUUAGCCAUCUUAUCUUGUUUAAUCUCACCAGACUCUCCCUAAUCUCACUCUCAUGAGUCUCAUCCUUGUUCCUCUGUUCCUCCAUCCUUUUUUU